AUGUAUCUCCAUAUGACGGGGGAGUCUUUCAUCAGUCUCAUCCCACCUUCUCUAUUCCAAUCCUCAACGAAACUACUCUACAUCGCACUUGACCUCCUCUGCGCCCACACUUUGAUAGGAAUUGCCGACUCAGGGCAACCCAGGUCCUCGAGACUAUUCACAUCCCCUCGAAAAGAUACGAAGUGGGAUGGAAUGGAAAUAGGAGCUGCAUAUCUCUUCAAUCCCUUCACAAUCGCGACCUGCAUAGGGCGACCUACGAGUAUCUUUACAAAUUGUGCUAUUCUCUUCGCUAUUGCAAAUGGCGUGUCCAAUAAGCCAAUCAGCUCGAUGCUGGCAUUGAGUCUGGCCUCAUACUUCUCGAUAUAUCCAAUCCUAAUCCUGCCACCUUUAAUACUGUUGUGCUAUGAUCGACAAGCGGAAAUCGAGAAAGCGACGUCCGCUAUAAAAUCUGCUUCUACAAAUAUCGGAGCAUUCUUUGCCGGCGUUGCCUGGCUGCUCUACAUCUCGAGCGUUUUGACAGGAUCAUGGAAGUUCAUGACCUCGACUUACGGCGUGCAAUUGCUGCUUCCGGACCUGACCCCUAACGUUGGCCUAUGGUGGUACUUCUUCAUUGAGAUGUUCGACUCAUUUCGAGAAUUCUUCCUCGGUGUGUUCUGGCUACAUCUGGGGGGCUACGUUGGCGGCCUGUGCAUAAGACUACGGACGCAGCCUCUCUUCGUGAUCACGACUAUGCUGGGUUUAAUUGCAGUAUUCAAGCCGUAUCCAAGUCUCUCAGAUACAUCUCUUUACUUCGCCAUGCUACCGCUCUAUCGACAUGUCUUCCCACUCAUGCGUUACACCUUCUUCGCUAUCUCUGCCCUCCUCUAUGCUACACUUCUGGGUCCAGCCUUUUACCAUCUCUGGAUAUACGCCGGUUCUGGUAAUGCCAACUUCUUCUAUGCCAUCACCCUGGUCUGGAGUCUCGCUCUCGUCCUCAUACUUGUCGACUCAUUAUUCGCUGUGCUGCGCGACGAAUGGGAGGUCGAGCGGCCGGAGAUGAAGGGUAAAGAAGUGCGGCAGAUUUAG